AUGAGUUAUCCAGAAGAAACUAUUGUUGGUAAUACCAUUUACCAAAUAAUACCAUAUCAUUUUGAAUUAAAUCCAAGAGGACAAGAAUCACAUAAUGCUUGUCUCUUUACCAUUAAAUUAAAUGUCAAGUUCACUCUUGCUAUAGAUACUCUUGCUAUAGAUGGUGAAGAAUCUUAUUUAUUCGAUGAUGAUGUAGAAAACCCAUAUGUUGUUGUACAAUGUGUUGGUCGAAUUUCGUAUGAUACAUUGAUGAACAACAACGAUACUCAAACCCAAGUUACCAUUCAAGACAUGCUUGUUGCCAUUCAAGACAUGCUUGUUGAAGUCUUACUUCCUCCUCUCUCUUUUCUUGCUGAUGAAGUUAUUGAUUGCAGUAGAGAGAUGAUGAACAACAUAGAUUAUUAUAAUUCAAAUGAAGAAGUCGGUGUUGAUGUUCAUAUUAUAAUUUAUGUUGAUGAACUACCUCAACUUUAUUUGGAUGAUAAUGAUGAAUAUGAUAUCAAUGAUCUUCCUAUCUGUUUUGUGGCGGCAAGUGAAGAGUCAAUUAAAAAAUUAGAAAAAGUGGAGGUAAAAGAUAAUCCAAUUUUUUGUUCCAUUUGUUUGGAGGAUGUUUUGAUUGGUUUGGAAGCUACUAAAUUACCAUGCACUCACGCGUAUCAUGGAGAAUGUAUUGUUGAGUGGCUACAAAUUAGUAAAUUUUGUCCUAAUUGUAGAGUUGAAAUAAUUUAA